CCUCGGCCGGCCGCACUAGUGCUGCGGGCGCGAUCCCAACAGCUCGCUUUAUAUUGAAUUGACCUUAUUUACUCAAUCUGAUCUUGAGCGAGGUCGAUAAACCCUCGUAUUGCGAGUGACAGUCCCUUUAUUAAGCUCGCUCCGUGUCCACGAUCAGUUUCGUUUUGUUUGUGUCUAUGGAAUACGUGCAUCAACUGUGAAGAUGGUCGAAGUUACGAUUAGAGGCAACAUUAAAGUUGGCGGCAACAAUCCCUGUUUUAUAAUUGCGGAAGUUGGACAAAACCACCAAGGUGACAUUGAAAUCGCGAAAAAGUUGAUAAAGGCAGCGAAGGAUGCGGGUGCUAACUGUGUCAAAUUCCAAAAGACUUGCCUCAAAGAUAGAUUUACGAAGAAAUACUUAGAGAGACCGUAUGAAAACCCGAAUUCAUGGGGGAAAACGUACGGGGAACAUAAAGACCACUUAGAAUUUAAUGAAAGUCAAUUUAGAGAGCUGUUGAAAUAUGCGAAUGAGGUUGGGAUUCCGCUUGCGGCCUCUGCAAUGGACAUGGUGUCAUUCGAUUUCCUGGUCAACAACAAAGCGCCAUUCAUAAAAAUAAGUUCUGGGGACUCCAACAACCCUUUAUUCUUGAAGUACGCAGCUUCAAAGAACGUUCCUCUCAUCGUAUCAACGGGGAUGGUGGACAAAAAGGCCGUAAAAGCCAUUUACGACAUCAUAUCGCCUUACCACAAGCAGUUCUGUUUGCUGCACUGCAUCUCAGCGUACCCUGUUCCUUACGAGGACUGCAACUUGGCGGUUUUGCAAGACUACGAGAAGACGUUUGAUGUGCCCAUUGGAUAUUCGGGUCACGAAGUCGGGACGGCAGUUGCAUUGGCUGCUGUUGCUUUGGGGGCUAAGGUUCUAGAGAAGCACAUAACGCUAGAUAGGAGCCUCAAAGGCACCGACCACGUGUGCUCACUGACCCCGUCCGAAUUCCAGCAGCUAGUACGAGAUGUGAGGAUCAUAGAGACCGCGCUAGGAACGCCCGUCAAGAAAGUCGUCACGUCAGAAAUCCCUUGCAUCGACAAGCUACAGAAGUCGCUAGUGAUGGGCAGCACUAAAAACAAGGGUGAGAUCCUCUACCCUGGAGACGUCAAAAUUAAGGUGGCAGAGCCGAAAGGUCUCAACGCACUGCACUUCGAAGAAGUCAUCUACAAAACCCUCAUCUACGAUAAGAAAGAAGAUGAACCUCUUAAUGAGGGCGACUUCUGCUAAAACCUCCUUUAAUUUAGGUGAGGUACAGUCAAUGGCGCAUCAGACUAAAUAUGGUAGUUGCAAAAUAGCUUCUAUUACAACUGGAUAAAAAUUCAUGUUUGAUGCGCUAUUGUCUGUACAAUCAGGCAGAGUUCACACAAUGUGCCAUGAAGAUCACAAAGACUUUUUGCUUUAUGGCCAUUACAAUGAAUUAAUAAGAAGAAUGUGCGAAUAAUUUAAAGUAAAUUGGCUCCAACACAAGAAGUCGAACUAAAAUGUAUGUAUUUUAUAUGUAUCGUAAAUGUAACAGAAUAUGAAAUAUUGUCACAAACAGCUCAGUAUAAUAAAAUAGAUUUCUGAUACAAGUUUGUAUGUAAUGUUGAGUGCUAGCCAAAAUAAACAACUGUAUCAGUAACUUGUGUGAACAUAAACAGAUACCUAAUAAUGUCACUUUACAACAACAUGCAUUUUAAAGUAGGUACAUUCCUAUGUAGACACGAACACGAGCAGUUAUACAGUAAUAUAAAGUGUGAUGUAGAUUUGAAUACAAAAGGCAAAAGGUCGAUUCUUAGUCAUACUUAGUAGGUCUCAAGACUUGAGAUUUGAUAAACCUUAACAUCGUUUCACAUACUGAGCUACGCAUAAAUAUUAGUUACCUACUACUCCUCUUGUCAUAUAAAAGGUAUGAUCUGGGCCAUCAUACCUACAUCAGAUAGUCUGCCCUUUUUAAUAAUUUUCAUUGUAAGAUUUUUACUCGUAUUAAUUACAUAAUUAUUGCAUAAUAACAUUUUGUUGAGCUCAAUGACGAUAGGUAUUAAGAAUUAUUGUAUAAAUAAGGUAUAUUGUUCAAAUGGUUGUUUGUAAGAAAAUACUCCGUCACUUAAGAUGUUUUAAAAUGUACAAUACACAAAUGUAUCAAACGUAA